CAGAGGCUUUAACUCAUCCUGAGGGAGAAGCGGACAGACAGGGAGCACUCACCGUGUCGAGGAAGGACGGAAGGACGGCACGAUGCGGCUCUUCUUACCGCAGCUGCUGCUGCUCGGUCUGCUGCGACCCUGCACCGCCGGAGCCCCACUCACACAGCUUUGUGAGCCCACAGAUGGCACCAUUUACAAUUACCACGCAAAGACUCUAAACAACAGUCACACUGUGAACUUCAGUGACUACAAGGGCAAGAGUGUCCUCUUCAUCAACGUGGCCACGUACUGAGGGUACACUUACCAGUAUGUGGAACUGAAUGCACUACACGAGGAGAUGAAACCUCUUGGACUCACCAUUCUCGGCUUCCCCUGCAACCAAUUUGGGAAACAGGAACCGGGGAAAAACCAUGAAAUUCCACCAGCGUUAAAGUUUGUAAGACCAGGCAAUGGAUUUGUUCCAAACUUCCUGCUGUUUGAGAAAGGUGAUGUGAAUGGAAGAAACGAGCAAGGCGUUUUCACUUUCCUUAAGAACUCCUGCCCUCCAGUCGGAGACCUCUUGGGUAACCCCGCCAGCAUGUUCUGGGAACCUGUGAAGCUCAGCGACAUCAAGUGGAACUUUGAGAAGUUUCUGGUGGGACCGGAUGGGAAGCCGGUGAAGAGGUGGCACCCAAGUGUCAACAUUUCAGGGGUCAAAGCUGACAUCCGCAAAUACCUGCUCCAGCUGUACACACAGGAGAUGUUUAAUUAGAUCUCAGACUCAUCAUACUGUAUUGUCCCUCUAAUGACGUAGCUGUGAUAAGAUGCACAGGAUAAGUAGAGCUAAUGUAGACUGUAAAGAAUGUUAGAGUAAUGUUGACAGAUUCUGGUACAUGAAGAUGGCAUGUUGAAUGAAGAGGAGGCUUGAAAACAGGAACUCUGUGGUGCCUCUUCGGAGUCUGGGGCGCAGGCCGGCUCUUCAGUGCAUUCGGGCCGCCCUGCGACCUCACAGCAUCAUGUCACCUUCUCUUCCCAGGACCUGUUAGCCAUUACAGCCUCAAUGUUAAUUACUUUUAAUAAAUCAUGGAGAACAACA